UAUUUUACUCAAGUUUUUUUCCGUGUUUUAAAAUGAUUAAUCUCAAGUUUAAUUAUUCGUUUCUCAAAGCGCCCUAAAGAAAAAUCGAAGCUGUUGUUACAUUUUACAAGGUCACAGGAUGCCUUUAAUGCAGCUCGAAGUUGAGUGUGUGCGUGUGUUUGUUCUCCGACAAACACUUGUCAUAACCGAAAAACACCUCUAGUCAUUCUUUAGGAGAAGUUGUUUACUCAGUGGCAGGAGCGGCACGCGCCCGGCGUACGCAAAGCAAGCGCAUCUCAGGGGGCGUGGUCAGGGGGGACGCGCGGCGGGCCGCCGGCGUAUUGAAAAGGCCGCGCUGUUUCCAUCUCACAACUCAGAACAGGUCGAGAGUCCGGAGCACCCCUGCCCAUUGAAACCACACGUGAACGCCACGAGCAAGACGCACGGCCACUGGGCAUUCCAAAGAAAACUACUGUGCGUUUCCUCCGCGAAAUGGACAUCACUACCAAGAUGGAAAUAAGCGUAAACCAGCAGCAGUUCAUGCCACCUGCUUGCUUUUUUGCCUCUCAGAGCAUCCAACUCAGUCCGACCGACAGCCAGUGCAGCAACAAGUCCGCGUCGAAGCAGACGAAGAGGCAGCUCUCAUCCUCUCCGGAGCUGCUCCGGUGCAAAAGGAGGCUCAGCUUCGCCGGCUUCGGGUACAGCUUGCCCCAGCAGCAGCCGCACGCGGUGGCCAGGCGAAACGAGAGAGAACGCAACCGGGUAAAGCUGGUAAACAACGGCUUUGCUACUCUCCGCGAGCACGUUCCCAACGGAGCGGCGAACAAGAAGAUGAGCAAAGUGGAGACGCUGCGCUCGGCUGUUGAGUACAUUCGCGCGCUCCAGCAGCUCUUAGACGAGCAUGACGCGGUGAGCGCGGCGUUCCAGUCGGGCGUCCUGUCACCCACCAUCUCCCAAAACUACUCUAAUGACAUGAACUCUAUGGCCGGUUCGCCCGUGUCCUCUUACUCCUCAGAUGAGGGCUCCUACGACCCUCUGAGUCCUGAAGAACAAGAGCUCCUGGACUUCACCAAUUGGUUUUGAACGUUCGUGAAAGGAAAUACCUGAAAAUCGCAGCACUCGCUUGGGAGGAACUCGGAUGUCCUCCAAGAACACAAAGCUCUGCGUUUGCGCUGCAGUCCGGUUCGGAUAGAAUCGAAUCCACACCCAGAGAUGGCCCAUACAAACCGGG